GGUGAGAAGCCAGCUUCAUGAAUUAAAACAGAUGAAGAGUUUAUAUAGUAGUAAGGUACUGGAGUCUCCAGUGUCUGAUAAAACUCCCAAACAUGAAACCUCAGACUUGUCACCAAGGGAAGUGCCAGAAAGAUCAGACGGUGUUACAGAGUGGACGGAAACCAUGGAAGAGGAGGAGGAAAGAGAGGAUGAGGGUUCUGAGCCUCUCUCAGAUGAUGAAGGGACAAUAAAAGAUUUGCCCCAGACAAUACGUGAACAGUCUUUUGAAGAUGCCUGCCUUGACUACCAACAGAGAUGUCUGUUUCUCUUGCUAGGUGUCCGGGCUGCUGUAGCAGGUACACCCACUCUGUCCUACAGCAGUACAUUUUCUGAAGAAGAAGAUUCAUUUCCAAGACCAAACUGUUCUGAGAGUAGUAUUACUAGUACGCCAGUCAAACGCAGGAGAGGAAGUGUUCCAGAUUUGAUAGCUUCAUCAGCCAACCAGGGAACUUUGAUGGAGGAGGAGAGCCCACGACAGAGAGAGGGUACAUCAACACCUGUUUACAGUCCUGAUGCAAGCUACAACAUGGGCUCCUUACAAAGAGUGAAAGAAAUUCUUCGUCGGUUACGUUGGCAAGAGGAGAGAGCCACUGGUUCUGACAUAACCAGUAGCUCCGUAAAAGAUCCAGAGAAAACCUUCACAGAACAGGUGGCAUCCGAUGUCUGUAAAUUUGUGACGGGUGAGAUUGUAGAAUCUCCUCCAGGGACGGAAACGGAAGGGGUGGAGUCAAACAGGAACAAUGACCCCAGGGAAAUAGCUGUGGCAUUGGAGCAUCAACAGUCUAGAGCAGAGUCUCGUCUGUAUGCACUGAAUCAAAUCAGGGAGUUGCUAUCUACAAGAGGGGACAAACAGGAUCUUGGCAAGGAUGUUUCUGAUCUAACACCAACAACCUUACUGUGCUCUGCUCAUAUUCAACUCCUCACUGGUUCAUUUAGCUUCUGUGGACCGGUAGAGAGCUCUGGUCAAGGGGCACAACUCUACCACUAUCAGGAUGAAAUAAAGGCUGCCAAAGCCAAAACACAGGAGGAGAUCCAGCUGGCCGUACAUCAGAUAUAUGAGCUGCUGGUUAAAGCCCUAAUUCAAACCGACAAAAUGGAUAAUGUUGGAGAAG